CGCACAGCCAGCGAAUCUUCGCAUCCCAAUCCAUAACUCCAUAAGCAAGCAAAAUGGUGAGCGUGCUGUCGUCGCGCACGGUGCGGCCUCCGCCAGCGCCACGGCCGCGCCGCCGCAUCCCGCUCACCACCUGGGACGUCCCCAUGCUCUCCGCCAACUACAUCCAGAAGGGCCUCCUCUUCCACAAGCCCGCGGCCACGCUCCUCUCCACCACCGCCCACGUCGUCGACCACCUCGCGGCCGCCCUAGCCGACGCGCUCGUCCACUACUACCCCGUCGCCGGCCGCUUCGUCACCGACCAGCACUACCGCGGGGAACUCGUGGUGGGAUGCUCGGUCUCCGUUGACUGCGACGGCCAGGGCGUCCAGGUUGUCCACGCCGUCGCCGACGAAGGCGUCUCCAUGGCCGACGUGAUACCUCCCGACGUCGACGUGCCGCCCGUGGUUCAGUCCUUCUUCCUGCUCGAUGGCGCCAUCAAUUAUGACGGCUGCGACCACCCGCUCCUCGCCGUGCAGGUAACAGACCUCGCCGACGGCGUCUUUGUUGGCUUCUCCUACAACCACUCGCUCUCCGACGGCACCGCCUUCUGGGGCUUCCUCAACGCCUGGGCCGAGAUCGCGCGCGCGAGGCUCCUCGGGUUCCCGACGCCGUCGUCGCGCCCGCCCUUGCUCGACCGCUGGUCACCCGAUGGUGGCGUGGCUGCGCCGGUCGUGCUGCCGUGCGCCCAAGUGCCGGACCUCAUCAAGCGGCCGUCCCAGACCCAGACACCGCUGCGCGAGAGGAUGCUCCACUUCUCGUCAGAAUCGCUGGUGGAACUCAAGGAGCGGGCACGCCAGGAGCUCCUGGUCACCGGAGAUGAGGCCGGCGCCGCCGCGCUCACGAGGUUCCAGGCGCUGGCCUCCCUCCUAUGGCGUUGCAUCACCCGCGCACGGCGGCUGGCACCGGAAAAGGAGACGACGUGCCGCGCGGCCAUCAACAACCGCGGGCGGCUCCGGCCACAGCUGCCGACGGAGUACUUCGGCAACUGCAUCUACACCGUCAGCACGGAGCCUGUGCGUGCACAGGAGCUGCUGGAGCGCGGGCAUGGGUGGGCAGCGGCGGCCGUCGGGCGCGCGGUGGCGGCACAUACAGACGCAGCCAUCAGGGAGCGGGUGGCUGCGUGGACGGAGGAACCACCCGCAAAGAACCCGCCGGCGUACAUGAUGAGCUGGCACGAUCCGUGCGGGACGCUAAUGGGGAGCUCGCCGCGGUUCGACAUGUUCGGGUGUGACUUCGGGUGGGGGAAGCCCGUGGCGGUGCGGAGUGGCAAGGCUAACAAGGUCGACGGGGGCACAGCGUUGUACCCAUGUCCGGAUGGGGGAGGCGGCAUGGACGUGGAGCUCAGGCUCAUGCCAGAGCACAUGGCCGAUCUUGAGGAGGACGAGGAGUUCUGGGCCGUCGUCUCGCCGGACCAGCCAGUGUCGGAGGGGAAACUUUGAACCAUUUGGAAAGCUUGCCAACGACGUGUUACAAAUGGAA